AUGGCAAAACCAGGCACUUCAUCCAAUGCCAUUUGGUGGAUUAAAAAUCCAAAGACAGCCAACGAGAAAAAAUUGAAAGGAUUGCGCAAACAUUCGCUGGGCUCGGCUUUUUGUUUGGAUAUGACGGAUCUUCUAAAGAAUAUAUCCCUUCAAGGAUACAACAAGCUUUUGUCGCCGGAUCUUACCUUGGGGGAAAGAUUGAUUUGGCUGCUGUUGCAUACAGUUACUGCAGUGUCCUUGGUGGUAGUCCUGUCGCUUACCUGGGAACAGUUCGUGGCCCAGUCCUUUGUGACCAACUUGAAGGACCCCCUUUACCCUGUGGAGAAUGUUCCCUUUCCCGCUGUAUCCAUUUGCACAAACAAUCGCAUUUCGAGAAAGGCGGCCCUCGAGUAUGCCGAGGAACUGCGAAGAAGUAGUCCAAUAACCCGUCCUGUCGAGUAUUACCUAGAGCGGUUGAAUUAUUUGCGCGAUUUCUACGUCCAUGUGGGUGCAACUAUAGACUCUGAAGACUUUGUCAGCUUCCAGACCUUCUUGGAUGUUUUUGGAACCUGGCAGAAUGAGACCUUUUUUGACACUCGCAGGAUUAUGAUAAUGCUUACUCCUAACUGUAAGGAUUAUGUCCUGAAGUGCACCCUAGCCAAUGUGGAUAUACCCUGCCAAUCUGCCUUUCAGGAGAGACUAACUAUGUAUGGACCUUGCUGCACCUUUAACACAGAAAACAAACUUAAGCAGCGCAACUUUAAAAAUCGCUUAGCAAGUCCUGAACUGGGUCUCACCGUGGUUCUCAACUCCAGUCACUCGGAUUACUUUGCUCCCAUUCUGAACACCAACGGCUACAUAGUCAUGAUCCACAACGCUGAUGAUUAUGCUACGGUUAGCUCGUCGAAUACCCUGGAAAUGUUUCCUGGGCAGGGCGAGGAUACUUACCUGCAGAUCUAUGCUAGAGUGGUGGACACUGAUGACAGCUUAAAGUCGUUUUCUCCAUUUGGCCGUCGAUGCUAUUUCGAAUAUGAGAUGCAUAUAUCAGCCCAUGAACAGGCUACAAAUAGCCCUGCCUAUAUGUACACCUUUCCAAACUGCAUCACCAGGUGUCGCAUCCGGAGCAUCAUGGCACUGUGCCGAUGUUUGCCCUUUCAGCUUCCUCUGCAACUGGUGGAGAAUCUGGAUGGUGUGGUUUACUGCACCUUGAGCCAUCUUCCCUGCAUCAACCAGUACAUGUUCAAGUGGCGAAAUGUAAUGACGGAAAGGCAUCUUAUCGAAGGAUUGGAGCGUGAAGUAGAGGAGGCUCUUUAUUGCCCCCAAUGUCUUCCCUCCUGCAACGAUGUACAAUAUCGGGUUUCCAUGAGCUCUCUGCCAAUUGACAACUAUCUGGCUAGCUUAAAAGUCGAUGAAAACAACCAAACCCAGUUUAGCGAGGAUAUAUCCGUACUCAGGGUUUACUUUGGUGAUCCAAACGCCCAGUACUACAUCCGUUUGCUAAACAAUGCCUGGUUUGAGAUAUUCAGUACUAUCGGAAACAUUAUGUCCAUUUUUGUGGGCUUUUGCAUGGUGGCCAUUUUUGAGAUUUUGUUCUUUUUCAUAAAGUAUAUUUAUCAGGGUUGCGAUCGUAUCGUGGAGCAGAACUUAAUAGACAGAAACGCCAAGAAGCUGGAGGAGAAAAAGCUAUACAUCUGUCCUUAA